GCAAAGUUAGCGAGUGAUCGGCUCAUCCAAGCUUAGGCAGACAGAGAGAAAUUAACAAUAACUAAGACAACUCAUGAGGCAAGUAACGUACGCAGCAUACGACUUGACAGAAACAACCCCAACUCUUCUGAAGAAAUGUUAAUUAAGAGGGAAAGAGACAAGUAUGACUGCUAUCAAAAAGCCUAUAGUCUAGAAAGGUAGAUAGCGAGACUGAGAGAGAGAGAGAGAGAGAGAGAGAGAGAGAGAGAGAGAGAGAGAGAGAUCGAAGGGGAGGUAGGGAAUGGAUGUGAGGAAAAUUGUGGUGGUAGUAGAAGACGUAGACGCAGCAAGAACAGCCCUUAAAUGGGCUCUCCACAACUUGCUUCGUUUUGGCGAUUUCAUAACUCUCCUUCAUGUUUUCUCUCCUGCUAUGAACUCAUCAAGAAGCAAGAACAAGAUAAGGCUACUUCGCUUGAAAGGUUACCAAUUGGCUCUGUCAUUCAAAGAUAUAUGCAACAACUUCUUUAAUAUUCAUAUUGUACAGACAAACGUUGAGAUUAUUGUAACUGAAGGCGAUCAAGAGGGUGGAAAGAUUGCUGCUAUGGUGAGAGAAAUUGGUGCCUCUGCACUUGUUGUUGGACUCCAUGAUCGGAGUUUUCUAUACAAGUUGGCAAUGGCCCACAACAGUAUUGCAAACAGCUUCAGCUGCAGGGUACUGGCCAUCAAACCACCACCAUUGCCCCUGUGGAGGUCUACCUGUGCCAGGGCCAGCGCAGCACGAGCACCAGACAUUUCAAUCAGCAGCAUGGACUUCUCGCAGAUCGAGAUUGGUAGACCAUUAGAGGUUCCUGAUAUUGCUCCACCAAAAGUUCCUUACAAAAUCUGCCCAGAUCCAUCUGCAAUAAUAUGGAGAUCGAGGAAGUCAAAGAGAAAGGGUAGCUCUUGCAUUAGCACUUAGCAGGCUCAAUUCGAUGAUAUUUCUCAAAUACACAGUUUCAGCUAAUCAAUUCCAUCGUUAGCUGCAACAAUUUUUCGGCAUAUGGUUAUAGAACUUUGGCCUUAGCUUUCUGACCUGUCUCACACAUAAACAUUGAAAUAUACAAAUGGAAAUAGUGGAAUUGACUGCA